CAAUUAUAACUUAUAACAAUGUACUGUGUAAACGAGUUCACCGUCCGGUUGUUGCUGAUCACCGUAUUGUUGAACUUACGAAAAAUUACGGAUAUUGUGCGCAAAUUUUACCAAAACUGGAUUGAACUGGAAAACGGUGACCCCAGAUUUCACCUGGUUUGUGGCUGUUGCACAUCGAAGGACACGCCGGCGAACGACGAGACCGAAGGAAGGAUGAAGAGGCACGCAUUCACGCAAGUAGAUCUUCCGGGAUCGCGGCCCCGCCGACGCCGCGGCCGCCGCUCCCAAAAAUCCACGUGUCAGCCACAGAAUUUCGCCACUGAAAGCGUAGCCGUCGCUCGCUCCGACUUUCCGCGACCGCCUCUGCCGGUACAAAACUUCGGCCCGGCUGUCUACACGACGUGGCAGCCACAGAAUUUCGCUACAGAAAGCGUAGCCGUCGCUCGCUCCGACUUUCCGCGACCGCCUCUGCCGGUACAAAACUUCGGCCCGGCUGUCUACACGACGUGGCAGCCACCGAAUUUCGCUAUGGGACGCGUGGCCGCAGCUCGCUUAAAGUUUCCACCGCCGACGCUGCCGAUGCAAAACUUCGGCCCGGCCGUGUACACGACGUGGCAGCCAGCACGACCCCCGAGAAUGGUGAGGGUGCCAGCCCCUCGCUUCAGGUUUCCGCGACCGCCGCCGCCGCCAACAUAUUACGUAGGCCCAGUUCACUGCAGAACAAGCGUGUAAAAACUGUUUUAGUGUGUAAAUCAUUUUUAAAUAUUAUCUACCUAUGUACCUCUAUAUAUUUUCUAAAUAAAUAUUCUUGUAAAAUAUUAGAACCUAUAUUUAUUGUAAUAUUAUAAAAUGUGAAAUAUGUUAUGUAUAUAAAUUUA